UGUGGUUUCUGUGAGGAGCGCUCACACGCUUCGCCCUUAUACGCACUUUAAACAGGAUGUGGCAACUGAGACAGACUACGGAAAGACAAAAAAGCGGGUUAAACACUGCGAUGUGACGAACGCCAGUGAGCCAAAAAAAUGACCACCACCACAGCGGAGCACAGCACAGGAGGAGUCCCGAUGAGGCAGCUCACCGCCGGCAGGUCUUGACGGCUACUCCCGCUGACCUGAGACGCCCAGCACCGCCGCAGCACCGCGCGCUUUACACACACUGAAAACCCAACAUAGCCCAAAUCCCCCAUAUCUCAUUGGUGAACCUUGAAAACGACAAUGGCGAGCCAGGGCGACUGCUGUGUGAAGGUUGCAUUAAGGAUUCGUCCUCAGAUGGCCAAGGAGAAGAUAGAGGGCUGCCAUGUGUGCACGCUGGUCACACCUGGAGAACCACAAGUCCUUCUGGGUAAAGACAAGGCCUUUACCUAUGACUUUGUAUUUGACAUCGAGACAGAGCAGCAGAACAUCUACCAGGCCUGCGUGUACAAGCUCAUCGAGGGCUGCUUCGAGGGCUACAACGCCACCGUGUUUGCUUACGGUCAGACGGGCUCGGGGAAGACCUACACCAUGGGGACAGGCUUCGAUGUGAGCCUGGGCCAGCAGGAGCAGGGCAUCAUCCCGCGGGCCGUGCACCAGCUGUUUGAGGGAAUCAAGAACAGGAGGGUGCGCGCUCAGGAGGCCGGCAGCCAGCCACCCGAGUUUAAAGUCAGCGCCCAGUUCCUUGAGUUGUACAACGAAGAGAUCCUGGACUUGUUUGACGGAGCCAGAGAUCCGGAGAGUCGGAGCAGGAAAUCCAACAUUAAGAUUCAUGAAGACAGCAGCGGCAGCAUCUACACCACUGGAGUCACCUCCAGACUGGUGCAAUCAGAGGAGGAGCUGCUGCAGUGCCUGAAGCUCGGCGCUCUGUCCCGCACCACAGCCAGCACACAGAUGAACGCCACAAGCUCCCGCUCGCACGCCAUCUUCACCAUCCACCUCUGUCAGAUGAGAGUGUGCCAGCAGGCUCAAAUGCAGAAUGGAGGAGGAGGAGGAGGAGGAGGAGAGAACGGGGAGCUGAACGGGGGGGACUCCAGCCCUAUUGCUCAGCCGGAGUUCGAAACGCUGAUGGCCAAGUUCCACUUUGUGGAUCUGGCCGGCUCUGAGCGGCUGAAACGCACAGGAGCUACAGGAGAGAGAGCCCGGGAGGGGAUCUCUAUUAACUGUGGACUGCUGGCACUUGGAAAUGUGAUCAGUGCGUUAGGAGACCAGACCAAGAAGGGAGGGCACGUCCCUUACAGAGACUCCAAACUCACUCGUCUGCUACAGGACUCACUGGGAGGCAACAGUCGCACAGUGAUGAUCGCCUGCGUCAGUCCGUCUGACCGAGACUUCAUGGAGACGCUGAACACACUGAAGUACGCCAACCGAGCCCGAAACAUCAAGAACAAGGUGGUGGUGAACCAAGACAAGACGAGCCAGCAAAUCAGCGCCCUGCGCGCCGAGAUAGCCCGUCUUCAGCUGGAACUGAUGGAGUACAAAGCGGGGAAGCGUGUGGCCGAUGAGGAUGGUUCAGAGGGCUACAGCGACCUGUAUCAGGAGAAUGCCAUGCUGCAGAGAGAAAACGACACACUGCGCCUUAGAGUUAAGGCCAUGCAGGAGACCAUUGACCACCUCAACACACGCGUCACUCAUCUGCUGGCCAAUGAGGUCAGCACUCUGCUGACCAAGUCAAGCGAGGGCAAUCAGGAGAUCGGUGCUUUAAUCCAGAACUACAUCCGAGAGGUUGAAGAACUUAGAACCAAGCUCCUUGAGAGCGAGGCCAUGAACGAGUCCCUAAGACGUCAGGUGGCCAGGUUUUCCUCGCGUUCCCCUUUCCCUCCCUCCUCUCUCAGUCCCGCCCCCGGCCACCCACCUGGUUCCUCUCCUGCUCCCAUGUCCAUGGAGGCUGAGAUGACGGACGUGUUACGCCGAGCCAAGAUGGACAUUGAGAGGCUGAAGAAGAAGGAGAGAAGGCAGAGGAGAAUGAGUCCCGAGUUGGAGAAAGGUCUGAAGAAACGAGUGAAGUUACACACUCACGAGAACGGAGAGAACGGGCAGAGUGGUGAAAACGGACAGAACGGAGAGAUCGAUUCAGACGACAAUUACACCGAGGACAUCAUGUCUCCACUCCAAGAGGAGAGCGGCUGUGAUGAAGAUGAGGGGGAGGACGAAGAGGAGGGCAGGGAGGAGGAGGACGGGUUUGACAGUGACGAGAGCCUGGUGGAUUCAGACUCGGACUCUGAUGAGAAAGCAAACUUUCAGGCGGAUCUGGCCGAUCUGACCUGUGAGAUCGAGAUCAAACAGAAGCUGAUCGACGAGCUGGAGAACAGCCAGCGGAGGCUGCUAAUGCUGAAGCUGCAGUACGAGGAGAAGCUCAUUCUGCUGCAGAACAAGAUCCGUGACACUCAGCUGGAGAGAGAUCGUGUACUGCAGAAUCUUAUGUCCAUGGAGAACUACACGGAGGAGACGGCCAACCGGAUCAAGCAGGACUACGAGAAACGUCUUAAGGAGAUGAACCGAGACCUGCUGAAACUACAAGCUGCACAGAAAGAGCAUGCGCGUCUCCUCAAAAACCAGGGGAGGUACGAGCGGGAGCUGAAGAAACUCCAGACAGAAGUCAACGAGAUGAAGAAAGCCAAGGUUACGCUGAUGAAGCAAAUGAAGGAGGAGCAGCAGAGGAGGAGGAUGGUGGAGGCGAAGAGGAACCGUGAGAUCGCCCAGCUUAAGAAGGAGCAGCGCCGUCAAGAGUACCAGAUUCGUGCGCUGGAGUCUCAGAAGCGGCAGCAGGAGCUGGUGUUGCGCAGGAAGACCCAGGAGGUCACCGCCCUGCGCCGCCUCACCAAGCCCAUGUCAGACCGCGUGGCUGGGCGUGUUGCCCGCUGGAACCAGACCCCCCCAGUUACAGACUCUGGAGCUGAAUUAUCAGCCAGUACUACAGCAAGCAGCUCUGAACCAGAGACUGGGCGGACUGUGAGCGGGCUGGUGAGGCAGUGGAACAACAAAAACAAUGUGUUCGGAUACCUGGCAGAGAGUGAAGGGAGCAUGGAUGGAACCAGGGUCAUUGGCAGUAGGAAGAAGUUGCAGCGUAAGCCAGCAGGCCUGGGCAGUGUUGGAGCGGCGGGUAGAGCCAGCAGCUUCUCCAAGUCUGCCCGUCAGAAGUGGCAGGCACUUGAGCGUCGCAUCAUGGACAUUGUCAUGCAGAGAAUGACAAUCGCUAACGUGGAAGCUGACAUGGAUCGCCUUAUCAAGAAGCGAGAGGAGCUGACAGUCCAGCAGGAAUCACUCUCACAUAAGAGGGAGGUACUAAUGGCAGAUGGGGAGGGGCCAGAAGCAGAGGACCGCCUCCUCCAGGAAAUUAAUGAGGACAUUGAGGUGCUGAAUGCCAACAUAGACUACAUCAAUGACAGUCUGUCCGACUGCCAGGCCACUAUUGUACAGAUAGAAGAGACCAAGGACGAGCUGGACUCGGUGGACACAUCAGUGGUGAUCAGCUCCUGCUCUCUGGCUGAAGCGCGCCACCUGCUGGACCACUUCCUUAAAGCGUCCAUAGACAAAAGUUUACAGGUGGCUCAGAAGGAGGCUCAGAUCCGACUUCUCGAGGGUCAGCUGAGACAGACGGAUGUGAUUGGCUCAUCUCACAAUCACAUAAUCCUCGAUGCCCUGCGAGAAAAGGCUGAAUACAUCCCUGAACUCCAGGCGCUCAUCCACAAUGUACAGCAGGAAAAUGGUUACGCCAGCACAGAUGAAGAGCCAUCUGAGUUCAGCCAAGCCUCUGACAGCAGUGUUUCUCAAAUGAAAGAAUCCAACAGCCAAGAUGAUUUCAAAAUAAAGAUGGAGCCUCGUCUGUCGGCUCAGAUGAAGGCGGUGUCUGCAGAGUAUCUGGGUCCCAUCCUGGACCCCUCAUCUGGCAGCAAGCAGCAGCACAUCACCAAGUCUCUGGCCUCGCUGACGGACAUCCAGGAGGAUGGCAUGAGGCUGGGGACAGCGAGUCUAGGGCUCAGCCUGGCGCUACGAGACCCCUAUCAUAGGGACAGGGUGUCCCGCACCAUCAGCCUGCCUGUCAGGGGACACACAUUUCCCAGGCAGUCUCGGGGUUAUGACACUUCCCCUCUAACAAGGAGGAAAUCUUACGACCGUGCAUACAGGCCCACUGACGGCUACACACCUCCCUCCUCCCCUCCUCUGAGGACCAGGAAUGACCGCAACGUCUUCUCAAGGCUCACUAGCAACCAAACCCAAGGUUCUGCUCUGGAUAAAGGUGUGAUCAAUCCCAUCGGGGGUGUCAAGGGUGGUCGGACGGCCCCGCUGCAGUGUGUUUCUGUAGCCGAGGGACAUUCAAAGCCUGUCCUGUGUGUGGAUGCUACAGAUGAGCUGCUAUUCACUGGCUCUAAAGAUCGAACUUGUAAGAUGUGGAACCUGGUAACUGGUCAAGAGAUCGUCACCCUCAAAGGUCACCCAAACAAUGUAGUGUCAGUCAAAUACUGUCCUUCCUCCUGUCUGGUCUUCUCCGUCUCCACCUCCUACAUCAAGGUGUGGGACAUCCGCGACUCUGCCAAGUGUAUCCGCACGCUUACUUCAUCGGGGCAGGUGGUUUCAGGUGAUGCAUGUGCGGGCACCACCACCCGCACAAUAACCUUUGCACAGGGUGAAUGUCAGAUUAACCAGAUAGCCCUCAACCCGUCAGGAUCUGUGCUGUAUGCUGCUGCUGGAAACAGUGUUCGCAUGUGGGACCUCAACAGGAUGCAAGGAAUGGGGAAGCUGACAGGCCACAUCGGCUCUGUCAUGUGUUUGACAGUGGGACAGUCUCUGCUGGGCAAAGACCAAGUAAUCACUGGCUCCAAAGACCAUUAUGUCAAGGUGUUUGACGUGGCAGAAGGAACUCUGGGUAAUGUAGGACCAGCUCAUAACUUCGAGCCGCCCCAUUACGACGGCAUUGAGUGUUUGGCCGUACAGGGAGACGUGCUGUUCAGCGGGUCCAGAGACAACGGCAUCAAAAAAUGGGAUCUGGAGCAGCAGGAACUCACUCAGCAAAUUCCCAACGCCCAUAAGGACUGGGUGUGCGCUCUGGCAUACGUCCCAGGCCGCCCCAUGUUGCUGAGUGCCUGUCGGGGCGGCAUGCUUAAGGUGUGGAACGUAGACAAUUUCACCCCCAUUGGAGAGGUCAGAGGUCAUGACAGCCCCAUCAAUGCCAUAUGUACCAACUCAAGGCAGAUCUUCACUGCCUCCAGUGACUGCAGGGUGAAGUUGUGGAGCUAUGUGCCAGGUUUGACCCCAUGUCUUCCUCGACGGGUCCUGGCCAUAAAGGGCCGAGCCACCAGCCUCCCAUGAUUGCCUCUUCUCCACUCAACCAACCCUCCCUUCCUCUGCGACAAGACUGUGAAGAUCUGGUCGUCAAAGGUGUGGAGGAAGAGGUGACAAACUAAGCGGUUCUUUCGUCAGCCAUCUUUAACUUCAGCCACUGAUCUGUGACCUGCUCACUUCUAGCAAUGAGACAGAGAAUGCCAUUUUUCAAGCAAUCAUGGUGUUUUUUUUCUUUGUCGAGGUGCAAAAGGACGAAGCCGAGGCGGAGUAUGUAUUCAAAGGCCUUUCACUUUUUCUUUUUCUUUUUUUUUUUUUUUUUUUACUGCCAGUUUGAAAGUGCCAUUCAGAUGUGAUGCGACUCGGACGAGAUAAAUCUCCCCAGCCGUGGAAUCACUAAGCUUGAACAAUUUCUCUCUCCAGACAUGGAAACUACCACAGGCUUGUAUUAAAAGGAGAAGACAAAGUGUCCUGUUUCACCAAGGUUUCAGAAUCCUUGUUGAACAGCAAGAAAUGGAUUUGUGUCUUUUGACUGAAAGUCAUGACACAUGCUGAAUUUAAAUCCCAGAGGGACAUUAACUAAAAAUAAGGACAUCUAUUUUCUCCUGUCCCUCUAUUGAGGACAUCAGUGUUCUGAUUCUGAAGACAUUUGAGGGUCAUGCAUUGAGUUGUGGUGGACAAUUGCUGAUCUUGGAUCACUGGAAAGUUACAUAAAACACCACUUGAUUUUCUUUUUUUUUCUCCGGAAACGCCCUCCAAUCACUUUUAGUUCAAAUCACUCUCAGUAUAUCAAUGAAACUUUAUUGCAUUCCACAAGUCGUGUUAAUUUUUUUUAAUGACUUUUACUAAUUUAUUAUUCUCCCUACCUCAGUUGUUUUGGACUUUGGCGUGAGGUGGGAGGAAACAUUUUUACGGGUCUCUGUGGACAAACACCUGGUGCUUGACAUUUUGAUGUCUUUAUUUAAUGCCUGGCUCUUCAUCUCUGUGUGUGUCCUCUGUGGCCCUCUGGCUAUAAGACUGUCUAGCUGCUGACCCUGCAAACAGGAAAGCACACGUCCAGCAGCACAGCUAAGGUAGCACUGGCUCCCAGAGGAUCUGACCGGAUUUUAAUAUCUGCUCUGUAAAGUGCUAACUACGGCAAAAAGAAAACGCCCCUGCAGAUGCACAUGACACAAACAUACCUACAGCACACACUCCUGAGACAUUCGUGAGUCGGGUACUCCGCUGAGGCCAAAGUGCCAGAUCAUUAUCUCAGCCAUCCUACAAUAAUGCGGCCCAUACCUGCCAUUUAUCCUCCACGCAAAUGGUAAUAUGAGCCCUACCAGCCCCCCUCUUGCCUGCUUUCAGCCUCUCUCUGAUCUUUAAGAUAAGCGACUGUAUCAGACUGACUAGCCUCACUGAAGAGUCCACCUCUUUCCCAGCUACUGAACUUCUCUGGGAAGCCAAUUUAAUUAGAGGUCUCGCAGCUCCACCAGCUGCUUUUCAGGCAAGAUUACUUGGGUGAAAGUAGGUCAUAACUGAGAGGGAUUUCUUAUUAAAAUCCCAAUUUUUUUCUUCCACCCACUAUUUGCUGCUACAUGUAAAGAGCGGGAGAAACUUCCUGUACCCGUGCACUGAUGUACAAAUCUGUUUAUGUAGUGGAUUAUGUGUGUGGGCAACACACACACACACACACACACACACACACACACACACACAUAUGCACAUACUUUGGACACACACAAACACAAGAUUUCAGUGGAUGUUUCGGUUAUCCAUCUUGCCUGAUAGGUCUUGGCAUCUCUCACUGUUUUGAUUUAGUGUCUCUUUAAUGAAACAAAUUUAGCACUGCACUGACACACACAUUAUGUGCAUAUAGUCACACUCCUACAGGCAACAGUAAUAACCCGAGUCUUAAAAGUCAGUUCAAGUGUCUUUUUGUUCUGAAAACAGAUGAGAACAAGCAUUCAAAUCACUUUCAGUUUAUGAACUUCGUUUGUAUCAGUUCAAAAUGAAAUGAAGCAUUUAAAAGCUUUUUUUCCUGCAGACAUCUUAAGGUGUGUUCAUACCAAAAAAAGAAGCGAAAUUUUCACAUUGCGUUUCUCACAGAAAUUCGAUGCUGGAAUGUGUUUUGGAGUAAUUUGCAGUUGGUGAAUAUUUACCCCAUACCAUCACUGCAGCACAUUACCAUUUUACUCCUCUUGUUUUUUACUUUCCACUAUAAAAGAUCAACUUAAAUUACUUAGCAUUUUGCUGAUAAGAAACAGAAUAAAAGCGCUUAGACAAGUCACAAAUACAUCUUUUUACAACUUACCAUUGGGUAGUCCCAUCGCUUCAUGGAUCUCCGAGCCCUCUCCUUUUUUGUUAUGUCGCUGAGUGGUAGAGCUCCAGGUUGGAUUACUAACAGCGACGUUGUUUGUCCUCCAUAUUUGAUUCUCUGUAAUGUCAAGACAAUCUCAGUUAGAUUGCAAUGCUGAUGGGCUUUCGUGGCGCAGUAGCAUGCAAAUUUCUCACUAAGUCUGAAAAAUUUCAACUCAUGAAUACGUGAAUAGCACAGAUUUCACCUGCUUGGCUUGUCUGCAACAAAUUUGCGUCUUAAAGGGAAACACCACCAUGAUCAAUCAUCAACCAAUCAUAUAUUUAUCAAAUGGAAUUUUACAACGUACAACUCCAGUUAAACGUGACCUACCCUCGGUCAAAGCCAGAAACCAGAGAAGUAAGUCUCAAACUUGUGAUGUCCUCAAGUAGAAAGUCUGGAGCUGCUCCUUAGACGAUGAAUGGUAACCUGAUUUUGUGUGCUCACAAAAUGUUUGUUCUUUUUUUCAAUCCCAAUUUAAGCUUUAUUUUAUUGCAGUGUUGUCAGUUCUGAAACAGAAAAUGUACCCAUACACUCAGAAAAUCCCCCUGGGUGCUCUCAGUGUCAUUUGUAACACCUUUCCCUUCUCAUGGUCUGUGGCCCAGCUCCAGAUGUUAUGACAUCACAAAUUUAAGUACUCUAAUUUUUGGGUUUGAAAGAGAGAGAUGUUCAUCUUUAGUAAUAUUUUAGACUGUCUUAGGCUAUAGGAAUAGCAGAGAUGAAGUUUGAAAAUGGGCGUGGUUCCUCUUUGAGAUGUAAUCUUGCGGUGCAAAAUGCUCGCUUCACACUCGGUAUGGACACACCAUUAGAGCUUGAUGAAAACAUUCACCAGUUCUUGUCUGUAGUAUCAAAAUAUCAAAGAACAGUUCAGUUUUGUUUAGAACCUAAAUCUCAGUCCUUCUGUAAAAAAAAGGUCAUGUAGUGUAGUGAAAUUAAACAAAGCUUUCAUCACAAAACAGCAGUCACAGGUGCUGUAGUCAGCUAAUACUUUAAAUGAACUUUCUGCAAACCUUCCUCUAAGAGAGAGUUUACAGUGCUGAUUGUUGAUGUAGCCAAAAUGGGUUUAAAGCUGCUGACAUUCUCCAAAAGCAAUGAUAUGGGUUUUGGUUUUAUAUUGGGGAGGGGGGUGAUUGAAAAUGCGUGGAUGUGGGUUGAUUUGUUGAGGUGUUUUUUUUGUUGUAAUAAUUUGCCAUGCUUAGAAACUCAGGUAUGGAUUGAAGGAUAAUUACAGUCAUACUUAAGUCGUUACUUGACCCGUGAAUUUAGGUAGCUCUUUUAAUCGACCAAAUGCCUUGUUUGAGAGAUUUCUUUUUUCAACUUUGAGAAAAAAGGUACUAUCCUGAUUCAUUCCUUUUUGUAAAGACAAUUUCAUGUUUUGCUUUUGAUUCCCUUUACUUAUGAUCUAUGUACUGUGCUUUUCUGUACAAAAUGUACACAUCUUAAAUGACAUCUUCCCAAUCUGGCCAAAGCUGAAAGUCUUGCAACUCUGAGAAGAUGUGCACUGAUUUUUGACUAUAACUACUUGUUUAAAAUAUGUAUAAAAUAUGGAAAUUGUAUAGCAGUUAAACAUGAGUGAGCGGUACAAAAUGUGGUCAAUAGAGAAAUUAACCUCUAUAACAUAAUGGGUUCUACUUUGACCUGUAGUCAGACUCCACUGGGCCCUUCACUGUACAUUAUGUAUUUAUCUGUGCUCAUUAGCCAAACUGACCCUGCUCACCAGGUCUGUGGUGUGUUUCAUGUGAUAACAAAGCUAAGACAGCCUUUAUUUCAGCUUUUCUUCUCUUCUCCAGUCUCCUUCUUAUUGCUAGAGAAGAUCUUUUAGUACUGUAGCUUUAGGCCCUCUCUUAGGUGCCCUGUGCUUGUACAUUUGCUGAAGAGGAUGCAUGGUGUGAGUGGUGCUUAUUGGUUGAUUGGCCACCUCAAAACAUAGCAACUUUGUUGCCAAUUCCCCUUGCUAUUGUCUGUCUGAAUGUGUAACACUUAAGUGGGUUUCCUGAAAAAAUCUUUGAAGAAUUUGGCCUGUUGAUUUAAUCAUUGACAGUCAAGUAAAAUAUGUAGCAAAGAAUUCUGUGUACAUCACAAAAAUGCUUGCUUGGAAGAUUUAUUAUAGCCAAGCAGAAGCCCUAAAUUGUUUUCUGGUCUUGAAUCAGCCCCACCCAAAGUUACCCCAAAUUCUGAGGCUUGUAUUCUGCCAAUGUUAGCACCACUUCAUUACUUGAUAAUGUGUAAAUAGGUGUGUUAAUAUUGUAGAGGUGUGUGAGUCUAGGUUAACUGACGUCUUCCUCAUCAGCUGGCCUCGGAGUAUUCUCUGCAAGUUAAGAUUUACAUGCACUUUGGAGAAUGAACACUGCUGUGAAUACUCUGUGAACUGUUUUCCAAAUAGGUAUUAAGCCUAGUUUUAGACUUAGUUUACAAAGACAGAGUUUAUGAGUCCAAGGCUAAGGCUGGAGUGCGAAACUUUUGACACGGUCACUCUCGACACAAGUGUAUGACGUAUGCUUGCAGGUGAACUUGCAGCAUCCCACUCAACCCCAGGAGCACUCUCUAAGUCUUUUUUGGCUUGAAUGCUCAUUUUCUUUUUUAUCUGGAGCAUCCAGUGUUCUUGGAUUUCUCUUAGGAUUUUACGUCAUAUCUUCUGUCAUACUCCUAGCUGUUGCUCCAUCGCUGUGGUCUUCCCCCCUUGCCUUCCCCUCUAUCUCAGGCUGGUUGACGUAAAAUGCAUCACUUCAUUGCGCCAGUGUGGGUAAGUCAGCACAGACACUAGACACCUGGUGACAAAUGCAUACAACUCUUUGUAGAUUAGAGACUAAAGUAGACUAAAAUUGUGUGUACUUGUGUUUAGUCAGAUUCAUAAUGCUUUGUAUACGUCUGACUCUGUGGCACUGGGGGCACUUGCAUGAUCCUCUUUUCCACGCCAACAGUUAGCCAUUAAACGUCUGUUUGCAUAUCGAUUUUUAUGCAUCUGGCCCCAGAACUCUGGCAUACUGCGAAAUUCAGAGCGCUUCCCCUGGCAGCAAUAGGUGUAAUCAGCAUUGUGUGAACUUGUUUGGCAGGGGCUUGAAUGUAAAGGACAUUCAUUUCUAUGUAAAAGUCCCGCACUCCAGCUUUAAAGCACUGAAAAUUGUUCCAAACAUCUUUUCAGCUCUACAGUAGGUUUAGAAAUCAGUGAUAUUAAUGUUUGUGCUGAUACAGUAUGUAAGAGCAGUCAAGACAUAGAGAGUCCCUAGUAUGUCCCUACCUGUAAAGUACCCUUUUUUCUAACAAAUGAGAGGAAUAAUUUUCUUUUCAAAAGAGCGGCAUGCACAUUUCUGUAGACACUCAGGAGAGUCCAUCUCCAUCCUUAUUUCCCUGGCUGUCUGCUGAUAUUUGGACAUUUUUCAUAAUAAUACUGACCACAAACAGGUCAUAUUACUCUGUGAAAGAUAUAAUCGGACACAGAAUGACAAGAUCUGACCUUAAUUUAAUUCUACUGCAAUAAUCAACUGCAGAGAAAUCUUACUCGAUGAAAUGUCCUUUGACACUAAAUGUGCCAUUGUUUGAGCAUGUGGUAUUGUUUGAUCAAUAACUCUCUGAUUCCAAACUGGUACGCCAGAUGGUAGGAAUGUUCUAUUUUAGGGUACCGAAGUCCCUUUUAACAUCAAGUUUCAAUUGGAAAGCUGUUUGACCAAAGCUAAAAAUCACUUGAACAGCUGAUGCCUUGCUUACUCUUUAAAGCCACUGUGUGAGUAAUUAAAACUUUCUGACAUGGGUUCCCCCUAUAGGUAGUAUUAAUAAGUAUUGUGACAAAUAAUAAUGGACCCGCAUAUCUUACCUUGUGACACAGAAAAAACUGACUAUUUGUUAGCUGCUUCCCACAACUGUUGCUAUGGCUGUCAAGCUUUGCGUUCUUGCACAGAAUUUAUGUAGUUCACUGUAACAGUGGCAGAUUUACCACCUCAAAGUCGAAAAAGGAUUUUAGGAUAAACAUUAACCAAUGAGUCUGGCAAAAGUAAUUCUUUACAUUUAGGUGGAUAUGCUGAAAGUGUUAAUUUCUAGAACAAAGAGCUACUACCAUUUCUUUAAACUUGGAUAUAGUUAGGGGUUAAACUGUGCUGGGGCUGAGUGGGGCUCACAAAGGCUCUGCCUGGGUAGCCGCCCACGUAGAUGGAAUUCCAAUUCCAAUUUUCUCAGCAGGCUGGCAGCCAGCAGCAGUACUGGAUCUAACCUUUGUAACGGCAGCAACAGAAAGUUUGCUGAUCCAUUGGGGAGUUUGGAUGGCCAGGGAUCAAUAAGUAUGGUGCUCGCCUCUAUUAUUUUAUAUGUGCAUUUUCAGCUGUAGUCUCCCAGUGGCUCCUCGCAAAUUGCAGAAAUUCAAAGCUUGACAAGUCCGCUGUGUGUGGGUUUAAUGAAUGGUCAGUUGCUAAAUGCAAAACAAAGACUGCACCAAUUUUUAAAGGCGGACAAAAAAGUAAAUGCAUAGUAUCUGGUAUUAGAUAUAGGCUACCAGUCAAACUGAUUGUGUGAUUACCACCUGUAGCAUUUCCAGCCCGGCCCAACCAUCUUAUGACAGCCAGGACAUAAAACCCAAGUAGUCAGCUCAGCUUCAGCCUUGUGCCUCAGCCAACAGGCCCUACUGCCUUAAAGAAACAGAAUGUGUAUGUAGGACAUUGAUAAUCAUUCACUUAAUAUCCAGAAUCUGUAACAGACAAUUCUGAAGAUUGUAGAUUGUCCUACAGAUUGUGAAAUUCUGUUCUUGGUCAGACGACGUCUCAGCUUACUUUAUCAGUAAGGCUGAAAAGACUUUCAACUUUGCCUCAGGCUGCUAAGGGGAUGGGAUUGCAUUUAGACACAAUCAAGAGGGCACUUUACGGCUUUGCUGCUCGGCAGCGAAUUGCUAUCACACACCAACACAGGCAGCUGCUCAAGUAAUUUUUCUCAAAGCAUGUGUUAUCAUCUUGAGCAAAUGGUAAUACUAUAUGUGACAGUGUCUGUGAAAUAUGUACUCAUGGGACAUGAAUGCAGGGUCAAAGGUCAUUUGUGCCUUUUAUUGCACAGACUACUCCCUCUUAAAUGAGUGUAAAUGUGUGUACAGUUUUUUUUAAAUAUAACAAUGUGCAUGUGGCCAUGUAAAAUAUCUGACUGUAAAUAAUGUAAGUAAAUAUUUAAUGAAGGACUCAACAUUCCCUCAAGAAAAUAAAUAAGUUAAAAACAA